UGCCGCUCCGGCAGGAUCUGAUUCAGCAGCAGACCGUGUACGCUCUUGAGUCACUCCAGCGCUACCGACUGUCGGGAUGUGACCCCGGAACCGGACGCCUCUUUACACAAAACACAGCUCUCAAAUACAACAAAAACGACAGAAUCCUGGACCAGGAGAGCGGUGCUUCAGGAGCAGGGGGGAUGAACCGUGAGGAAGCCCCUGGCAAGUCUCCUGAGGAGAUGUACAUCCAGCAGAAGGUGCGGGUGCUGCUCAUGCUCAAGAAAAUGGGAUCAAACCUGACACCAAAUGAGGAAGCGUUUCUGCGAAAUUAUGCAGGCGUGGUGCACAGCCAGAUGAGUCAGUUGCCACAGCACCCCAUUGACCAGGGUGCUGAGGACGUGGUGAUGGCCUUCUCAAGAUCAGAGACUGAGGACAGGAGACAGUGACCUCUCGCCGUGCCAAAUCACUACAGUUAACAACAUAACACUGUUGAUGGAGAGGGCGGGGCCUGAGAUGGGAGAGGGGCGGGGCUCUGCUGUGUGCUUAUUGCCACACUUCCCGUCUCUUCCCCAUUUUCCUCCUCUUACUCACUAACUGUUACACUAUCAGGGCACGCGGCCUCAGUACCUGAUGACUUUAUGGCAAAUGAGUCAGGAAGAGCUACCGCGAGUAAACCAUUUUAUUUAGGUGUUUUUUUAUUUGAUUUUCAGUUUCGUUUCUGUUGCUACAGUGAGUGACGUUUCGUGUUUGUUCCCAUGAGAGACUGGACGGACCAAGAGUUUAAUUUUUCUGGUCAAACCGAGAAAGAUUUAAAUCGCCUUAUGGGUUACGUUAUUAGAGACAAAUCUGUUUAAUUUAGCAGUUUUUUUGUUUUGUUGUCCACAGGGUCCUUGCAGGACGUGUUCGUUUGUUUUUAUUUUCAGGGUUUAGCAGUUAAGUAGCCGUUUACAUCGUAAUUUCAGAAUAACUUAUAUAUACGUCAAAAUGUAUACGAGGCCCGCACGCAAGCACACACUCACAGAACGAUGUACUACAAAUGACCUGAUGUAUCACAAUGUGGUUUUUUCGAUGUUUUCGAAUACUUUUUUUGUACAGAACAUAAGAAAAAAGUAGCAAAGUGAAUGAAUUGUGCCAAUAGUGAUUUUUUUUGUAAAAUAUUUCUAAAGGUAUCUAAUGAAUGUCUUAGGUCCUUAUUUAUUUUCCAAUGUCUUAAAGCGUAGACAAACAUGAGCCCCACCACCGUAAACUUUUAAUUAAAGUAAAACUCAAGUACAGUCCUCAAUAACAAAAUGAUUCAAAUCCAAACAUUUUUUAACACUUGAAUAAAUUGAAUUUUUUUUUUUUACAUCAGUAUUGAAUGUUUUGUUAACUUGCUUAAGAUAAUUAUUGUAUCUCUGUGUUGAACUGACGCAUGCUUGUCUUGAGGUUUAUGGUUUAUGGUGUAUGUUUGAGUAGCUCUGUAAUGGUCAUGAGAGCCUAUAGCGGCAUUAAACAUCAAUGUACACCUUUUUUAAUCUGUGGACGUCCUUUUGAACAUUUUACAAAAAUUGCUGUUGUAGAUCUAAAUAAUCUUCUUUCAGUAAUUCAAUUAUCUUAAUGAAUGUCCACUUGUCAGCCACAUUAUCUCAAUGAAAGUCAUUGUUAAAUUCUUAUUUUGGCUAUGCAGAUUUUUUUAACCAUUCAGAUGCAUACAACUUGUCUUAACUGCCAUAUGUCGUACAUGAUUCAUAAAUAUGAAUGUCUGGGUUCAUUGACUUCACUGCAUGUCGUCCCGGUUCCCUCGAGCUGUAAACUAUUUAAUGUGAAUUGCUUUUUUAUUGUUUUAAAAUCGAAUUGAGUGGUUGUUUUAUGCCGUCCCUUGACUUAAACGCAUCCCAGAUCUAUACCAACUGAACCAUUAAAGGAGUUUAAAAUUG